AUGAUUACACAUUUCUGUGAGUUAGCAGCUCAUAGAAACUAUGUGUUGGCCCUGUAUAGACACUCUUUGCGGAAUGUCUCCAGAAUAAAUUCCGGUUUUGUGAAGCAUAAAAUGAAGAAGGUUAUAACUAAUGAAGCCCGAAAACACAAGAAUGAUAAGUCCAGCUGGUCUAUAUACAGAAGACUUAAGGAGCUAAAGUUAUUAAGUGACAAGCUAGAGGAUGAUCAAGUAAAUGACGCCUAUAAUUUGCUGGAUAGCUUCAUGAAAUCUGUUAAGAAGCCCAAAAAUGAGUUGAAAGGCCAUUUAAUGAAGAUAAGAACUGAGAUUGAAACUAACAAAAACAUACAAGAUAAGACCAGGUUGACAAGGUUAAAUUUAUUACAUCGAUAUAUCGCAAAGAAACAACAAAAUCAAUUGCUAACUAAGCAUAUUCCAGAUGAAUACAAAGAAAAGUUACUUCUACCGUUAGCCUUGCAUGAAAAAGGUAUACUUCGAUUGGCAGCUAUAAGGAACCAGUUCAAGAAGGGAGGAUAUCACGCAAAGCUUUCAUUCACGAUGGCGGGCAAAACCAGGAUUUGGUUUAUUAGAUCAAUGCUCAACAAGAGGAAGAAACAGUCCUUGCGCCUACGAAAUCUAAUUACCUCGGAAAAGAGGAGGUACUUGGAAGUGUGUAAAAUAGUAGAAUCAUUGAAUGAAAAUGCAAAUUGGGCUCUUCAUGAAGCUAUAUGGGAACGUUAUUUAGAUGAUGGCUAUCUACAUGCAACAUCUUCAAAAGGCUAUUUGAAAAUGGUGGAAAUCGAAGAUAAUAGCGUUAAAUUGCAAAACCAAAACGAUUCCAAAGUGGUAAAAUGUCAACGUCUCCAACAAUGGCUAAGUCCAAUACAGUCUUCUAUACUAAGUUUGGAAAACUAUUUGAACCAAAGACAGAUGAAAUAUGCUAAGCUAAAGACAAAAAUCCUGGAACCUAAAGGUGUCUAUGACUACUAUCAAAAAAAAUCCAAGCGUGUCUUCCAAAAUCAUAUGAAAACAUAUAAAAGAAUGGUUAAAAACGAGCUCCCGUUUGUCAAUCCCUUCAUUGAAAGGCUGUCAAUAGGCUCAAUACUGAAAAGAAAUGGGAUUAAUGUAAAAUACUGA